UCAGAUUAUUCUAAAUCCCAACCUCACCAAUCAGAUUAUUCUAAAUCUCAUUCUCACCAAUCAGAUUAUUCUAAAUCUCAUUCUCACCAAUCAGAUUAUUCUAAAUCCCAACCUCGCCAUUCGGAUUAUUCUAAAUCUCAACCUCACCAAUCAGAUUAUUCUAAAUCUCAACUUCACCAAUCAGAUUAUUCUAAAUCUCAUCCUCAUCAAUCAGAUUAUUCUAAAUCUCAUCCUGACCAAUCAGAUUAUUCUAAAUCUCAACCUCACCACUCGGAUUAUUCUAAAUCCCAACCUCACCAAUCAGAUUAUUCUAAAUCUCAACCUCAACAAUCAGAUUAUUCUAAAUCUCAACCUCACCAAUCAGAUUAUUCUAAAUCUCAACCUCACCAAUCCGAUUAUUCUAAAUCCCAACCUCGCCAUUCGGAUUAUUCUAAAUCCCAACCUCACCAAUCAGAUUAUUCUAAAUCUCAACCUCACCAAUCAGAUUAUUCUAAACCUCAACUUCACCAAUCAGAUUAUUCUAAAUCUCAACUUCACCAAUCAGAUUAUUCUAAAUCUCAUCCUCAUCAAUCAGAUUAUUCUAAAUCUCAUCCUGACCAAUCAGAUUAUUCUAAAUCUCAACCUCACCACUCGGAUUAUUCUAAAUCCCAACCUCACCAAUCAGAUUAUUCUAAAUCUCAACCUCACCAAUCAGAUUAUUCUAAACAU